AUGGAAUUCGUCUCGGUGUACGACCGUCAGAAAAGAAAUCCAUAUUACGUCGUGGAACAUAUCACUCCCGAGUCAUUGAAGCGUGAUGCUUCGGGGGGAGGGGACCGUAAGAACUCUGUGUUCAAAGAAGAUGAGCAAAUUCCAAUGAAGUUUCGCGGAUUUCUGCGAGAUUACUUCAGAUCAGGGUACGACAGAGGACAUCAAGCUCCUGCUGCGGACGCCAAAUUUUCCCAAGUAGCCAUGGACGAAACGUUCUACCUCACAAACAUGUCUCCCCAGGUAGGAGCCGGUUUCAACAGAGACUACUGGGCACACUUUGAGGAUUUCGUGAGAAGACUAACUACUGGCUACGGUUCUGUCAGAGUCGUUACUGGCCCGUUGUACCUUCCUAAAAAAGACCCUGUUGACGGAAAAUACAAGGUCACGUACGAGGUUAUUGGCAAUCCACCAAAUAUUGCUGUUCCCACGCACUUUUUCAAGCUGAUCGUGGCAGAAAAGUCGUUUAAAAGAAGUCCCAACUCUGACGAUAUUGCAGUUGCGGCCUUCGUGAUGCCCAAUGCUGUCAUCCCUAAUGAGGUUCCUCUCACUUCUUUUGAAGUGCCUGUUGAUGCACUAGAGCGCUCUUCGGGCCUGGAAUUCCUGAAAAUGGUGCCUGAUAACAAGAAAAAACAACUGUGCAAAGAAUUUAGCUGUAACAUUAUCGUGCGAGAGUUCAACGAUACCGUCAAAGCUCUACCAUCUGAAUAA